AACAGAAAUUCCAAUUGGGGAAAUGUUAUAUCUCCAAGUCUACGCUCUGUAAACACAGCAAAACUGCAACAGCAAGCUAGAGAUCAUUAAUUAUGGCAGCACCACUUAUUCUGCUGGCCGUCUUCGUGAUCGUCGGCGGCUUCGCCGUCCUGCUGAUCACCAUCAAACGCCUGAUGAUGGGUAGUACUAGCAAUAAUCACACUCGCCGGCUGCCGCCUUCUCCGACGAAGCUUCCCAUCCUCGGGAACCUCCACCAAGUCGGGAAAUUCCCUCACCGCACCUUCGCCACACUGGCGGAGCGCUACCGCUCCCCUCUCCUGCUGUUCCACUUCGGCAGCAGGCCGGUGCUGGUGGUCGCCACGUCGGCGGCGGCCCGUGAGGUGAUGAAGACCCAUGACCUCGUCUCCGCCGGCAAACCCGAGUUCCGGACCGCCAAGAAGCUCCUCUACGACGGCAAAGACGUCGCCGCGUGUCCCUACGGCGAGUACUGGAGGCAGACCAGGCGACUCUGCGUGCUCCACCUCCUCAGCAACAAGAAGGUCCAGUCCGGCCGCGCCGUCAGGGAGGAGGAAGUCGGGUUGCUGGUCAAUCGGAUCCGGCAGAACGUUGAAACAGAGCAGCUGCAGCCGGUGAACUUGAGCGAGCUCCUUUCGUGCCUCGCCAACGACGUCAUUUGCAGGAUAGCUUUCGGGAGGAAGUACAGUGCUACCACCAACUUCAGGGACCAAUUGGUGGAAUUCAUGGAAUUGCUGGGAGCUUUAAGCGUGGGCGAAUUCAUCCCCUGCCUCUCGUGGGUGAACUGGAUAACCGGGUUCGACGCUCGGGUCGAUAGGGUUGCUCGGCAGUUCGAUGAGUUGCUUGAAGGAGCUGUGGAGGAAGGUGUGGCAAGAUUGGAGAAACAGAGCAAUGUAAUGGAAGACGACGGCCAAGCACCCUUUAUAGAUGUCUUGCUCCGCCUUCAAAAGGACGGCUCGGAAGCUUCCCACCUUGAUCGAGAGGGCAUCAAAGCUGUUAUCUUGGACAUGUUCGUGGGAGGAACGGAUACAACAUCGACGCUCCUCGAAUGGACAAUGUCGGAACUGGUGAGGCACCCCAGGGUGAUGAAGAAGCUACGGGAAGAGCUGAGAAGCAAAAUCGGUCCAGAAACAGAGACGUUCCACGAAGCCAACUUGGACAAACUGGAGUACCUGAAGCUAGUCAUCAAAGAGACGAUUCGAUUGCACCCUCCAAUUCCCUUGCUAUCUCCAAAACAGCUCACUCAAGACGCGACCAUAAUGGGCUACGACGUGCCAUCGGGAACCAUGAUCAUGACCAAUGCGUGGGGGAUCGGAAGGGACCCGUCCGACUGGCCCGAGUCGCCGGAAGAGUUCUGGCCGGAGAGGUUUCUCGCCUCUGCCGCUGCUGCUGACGUGGAUUUCAGAGGGCAGGAUUACCAUCUGAUCCCUUUUGGGUCCGGGAGGAGAGGCUGUCCUGGGGUUUCUUUCGCGCUGGCGGUGGUGGAGCUCGUGCUGGCGAAUUUGGUGAGGGAUUUUGAGUGGAAGUUGGACGGCGGAGUUCGAGGGGAGGAUUUGGACAUGUCGGAGUGCGUUGGUCUCACGGUGCAUCGCCGGCUUCCUCUUCUUGCUAUUCCGGCCACGGUUUCCGAUUACUAGAUUACUUAAGUACCCUUCAUUUCUUGAGCUAUGCAUUGAGAUGAUGUGUGAUUCCAAUCAUAUCGUAUCUUUUAAAUUUUCAGUGCAAUCAAUAAUUAAUUCGCGCAAAUGCUGCCUGACUUGACGGCUUAGACUAUUCCCACCCACAUGCUGUUCGCCGUUGCUUCUUUUUGACUAAUUAUACGGAGACUUUUAGUACUCACCUCACUUGGCAGCUGGCCCUUUAUU